AUUUAUGGUAACACUGGAAAAUUGGAAAUUACCAACGUUUAUCUGUUCAUUUUCACAGUUAUUGUUGAAUUAAUUAAUCGAUUAUUGUUUGCACGGGGAAGUUUCUCGAGGACUACAGUCUAACCGCUUUUGAGGGCUCUGAUGAAGGUGUGCAGGUAAUACUGUGAAAGCCUUUGUAAGACGCCAUGUCUGACGAGGCGAUGUCAGAGAGCGACCUGGAGCCCAGCUUUAGCAGUGAAGAUGAGGAUCUGGACAAUGAAGAAGAGGAGGACAAAGAGGACAUGGACGACGAUGAGGAUGAGAAUGAUGGAGACGAUGAAGGUGAUAGCGUUGAACGGCCUGCAAGUGCUCAGAGCAAGGCAGACGAAGCCCAGGAUGGCCAGGAUUCCACUUCAGCUACCUCCGGAGAGCCAUCCUCAGAGCCUCCAUCGCAGCCUGCGUCUCGUCCGUCCUCCAGGCCACCCUCUAGACCCCCUUCCAGACCAGCCUCCAGACCUGCCUCUUGCUCUCAACCUCCAGGAAGCCCGGAGAAGUUGAGCCAGAGCAAGAAACUCUCAAGCAAAACAAAGAAGCAAAAAGCCUCUAAAUCAACCAAAUCCUCAAAGUCUACAAAAGGCUCUAAACCCCCCAAGCCUUCUAAACCUGCACACAUGAGGAAGAACAUCAGAAAACUGUUGAAAGAGGAUCAGCUUGAGGCUGGGACCAAAGCAGCUCAAAAGGAGGAGAUGGAGAGACGGAAGCGUCUGGAGCAGCAAAGGAAGGACUUCCCAACACCUGCCCCAGCUGCUCCAGACUCUCAGCUAGUGGACCCAGCAUCAUUUCUAGGGGAAGUUUCUCACUUGGUCCCGGCCUUUCUGAACAAGCAAGAUGUGAUCUGUCUGGACAGCAGCGGUGAUGAAGAUGACAAAGAGGAAGCCAAGCUGCCUGUACUCUCCCAUAGAGAUGAUGUGAUUGAGCUCAGCUCUGGUGAUGAAGAUGCAUUGCAAAUAAGCAGUGAGUCUGCCGAUGAGGAUGCUGAAGGCACAGCGGGCUCAGAGGAAAGCAGUGGUGCACACAUCAAUGACGCCCUGAAUCUGCCUGACGCCCAGGGUCGUGUACUGGUUAAUAUCAAUCACCCUGCAGAGGAGAAGGACAUUUUCCUUGCACCACAGUUAGCCAAGGCUGUCAAACCUCACCAGAUUGGGGGAAUCCGGUUUCUCUAUGAUAACCUCAUCGAGUCUCUAGACCGGUACAAGACCAGCAGUGGUUUUGGCUGCAUCCUGGCUCACAGCAUGGGGUUAGGGAAGACUCUGCAGGUGAUUUCCUUCAUCGACAUCCUGCUGAGGAAUACGGAGGCUCACACUGUGCUGGCUAUUGUCCCUGUGAACACACUUCAGAACUGGCUGACAGAGUUUAACCUCUGGCUCCCACCACAAGAAGCACUUUCCCCUGACACUGAUCCUGCACUGGUCAUAGGCCGCACGUUCAAAGUUCACAUCCUCAACGAUGAGCACAAGACGACCUUAGCCAGGGCCAAGGUGGUAGAGGAUUGGUCCAGAGACGGUGGGGUGCUGCUAAUGGGUUACGAGAUGUACCGCCUGCUCUCCAUGAAGAAGAGCUUUGUGAUGGGCAAGAAGAGGAAAUCAAAGAAGCCUGCAGGACCAAUCAUCAUUGACCUGGAUGAAGAAGAUAGACAGCAGGAACUCAUGAAAGGUAUAGAAAAGGCUAUAGCACGGCCCGGCCCGGAUGUAGUGAUAUGUGAUGAGGGACAUCGCAUCAAGAACUACCAUGCCAGCACGUCGCAGGCUCUAAAGAACAUCCGCUCUCGGCGCAGAGUGGUGCUGACGGGUUACCCACUGCAGAACAACCUCAUUGAAUAUUGGUGCAUGGUGGACUUUGUCAGACCUGACUUUUUAGGCACACGGCAGGAGUUCAGCAACAUGUUUGAACGUCCCAUUCUGAACGGGCAGUGCAUGGACAGUACGCCACAAGACGUGCGUUUGAUGCGCUACCGCAGCCAUGUGCUGCACAGCCUGCUGGAGGGGUUUGUCCAGAGGCGAGGUCAUGAUGUGCUACGAGACCAGCUCCCUACUAAAGAGGAGUAUGUAAUCUUGGUGCGGCUUUCUCCCAUUCAGAGGGCUCUUUAUACUGAGUUUAUGAAACGCUUUCGGGAAGCUGGGAAUAGUGGCUGGCUCGGUCUAAACCCACUCAAAGCUUUCUGUGUAUGCUGCAAGAUCUGGAAUCACCCAGAUGUCCUCUUUGAGGCCCUGCAGAAGGAAAACCAGGCCAACGAGCAGGACCUGGAUUUGGAUGACAUCACUUCAGCUAGUAACCCACGCUGUCCAGCACCAGGUGCUGGCCUCAAAGCCAAAGUAGCCGACUCCAGUAACAGCAAAGUCAACAACGUGCCACCGCUCAAUCCCUCCCAGGAUAGAGCCAAUCAAGUCAUUACGUAUGAGUGGGCAAAGGACACCAUGGUAAACUACCAAAUUGGAGUCCUGGAGAACUCAGCCAAGAUGGUUCUGCUUUUCCAUUUGAUUGAUGAAAGUGUGAGAAGAAGAGACAAGAUUUUGGUCUUUAGUCAAAGCUUGUCCACCUUGUCAGUCAUUGAAGACUUCUUAUCAAAGAGAGCCAUGCCGCCAGGCAUCGCCUCCUCCGAUGCCCAGAGCCAAAACUGGGUUCGCAACCUCAAUUACUACAGACUGGAUGGGAGUACAUCUGCAUCAGAAAGAGAGCGACUUAUCAACCAGUUUAAUGACCCAGAGAAUACGGCGACAUGGGUCUUCCUGCUCUCUACAAGAGCUGGGUGCUUGGGGGUGAAUCUUAUAGGGGCUAACCGCGUUGUUGUGUUUGAUGCCUCCUGGAACCCGUGUCAUGAUGCCCAGGCGGUGUGCAGGGUGUACCGCUAUGGUCAGAGGAAACCCUGCUACAUUUACCGGCUGGUCUGCGAUUUCACCCUGGAGAAAAAGAUCUAUGACAGACAAGUCUCCAAACAGGGGAUGUCUGACCGUGUGGUUGACGAUUUGAACCCGGUGCUGAAUUUCACUCGUAAAGAAGUGGAGUCACUGCUUCAUUUUGUGGAGGAGGAACCUGAGCAAAUCUCUCGAGCAUCCAGAGCAGACUUUGAAACAGUGAUGCAACAAGCUUGUCAGCUUUACCCACAUCUCGUCACCAAGCAACCUUUCCAACAUGAGUCCCUGCUGGUGGACCGUAAGGAGUCUAAACUGACUAAGGCAGAGAAGAGAGCAGCCAAGAAGAGCUAUGAGGAUGAAAAACGAGCGUCUGUGCCCUACACCCGAACAUCCUAUGCUCCUUAUUACCCUACCAGUGACCAGGCACUGACAAACAUACCAGCGUUCAACCAGCGUGGAUGGCGUCCCAUGGUGCGGCCUGAUGACAAGCCUGUGGCAAGUGUCAGGCCCAUCCAGUCAACUCCAAUCCCCAUGAUGCCUCGGCAGGUUGGCAUGGGCAUUGGUGUCUCCAGCUCUACAGGCAGCCUGCCCGUCAACUUUCUGCAGAAAGCCGGCGUUUAUGUGCAGAGGAUCGUCACCACAACUGAUAUUGUAAUCCCAGGUGCUAACAGCACAACAGACGUUCAAGCUCGAAUCAGUGCAGGAGAGAGCAUCCAUGUGAUAAGAGGAUCGAAAGGUACAUACAUACGGACCAAUGAUGGAAGAAUAUUUGCUAUUCGAUCAGGAAAGAUCAGCAGACCGACAAUGGGGGGCUCAGCAGCUUUAAGAGACACUCCAGGCUCCCUGAUCCAUCCCAUCAGUAAUGGCUGCUCUUCUCCUGUGGAUCAACGUCGGCUUUCACCCAAUGGCGAGCAGCGGUCCUCCUCUCCCCUGAGCUCUGAGAUCCUCAGAGAGAUCAGCCGCUACACUUCAUCUACCGGUGAGGCAAAUGCUGGAUUGCCAUCACCCUCAGACAUGUCAGCAGCAUCAGCAGGCAACGGGGGAAGCUCACAAAACAGUCAGACUGGUGAUAUCAGCAGGCAGCUCGGCGACGACCUCCUGAGCUCGGCUUUAGAGAUGCGCGGCAGCAAACGCAGAAGUACUGACAGCCAAGGGAUCGCACAGACAGGAGGCAAACGCAACACUGCGGCACGUUUCCCCGGACUGUCACUGGGUUCCAGCAGUCUCAGUUUCCCUCCUGUGGGUUUGAACUCCCCCCCUUUAAUGGGAAACCUUGGGCACAUGGGUCACCCUCUCCUGAUGGGUGGAUCAUCAUUCCUUCAGACACCAGGACAAGCACUGGCUGACUUACAGACCAUGUUCCCCUCUGCAGGUUCAGACCUGCUUAGACAGUCGUCCACAGGAAACGGACACCUCCCAAGCCCCUCCUCUUCCUCUCUGCCUGCUGUUUUCUCAUCUGCCUCCACCACUGUCUCCAUGUCAUCAUCACCAUCAACAGCAACUUCCUCCUCCCUGGUGUCCAGUUCUCUGCCUCCAUACUUGAUGAACCCCAACAUGGCGGGCCUGCUUUCAUCAGGCUUCCCUCUCAACUACAGUCAGUCUCUGCUCUCAGAGCCCAGGAUGUUCUCCACCCCCUUACUCUCAGGGUCAGGGGGAUUCCAGACACCAAACUCCAGCUCUAGCACAUCAAGCUUCCUCUCCCAUUUCAACAAUCCAACCUCCAGCCUGUUGGGGGCGGCUCUGACGCAGCCGGACAGACAUCCGAGCACAGAUAAUGGCAGCAGUAGUUCUGACGAUGACGUGAUAGAGGUGACAGGACAGUAGGGGCUCAAAAAAGGUAGUUUGACAUAAUUUCAUCAGUCAUUGUUAAAAAGGGACAUUAGGGAUGGGAAUGACAAAUAUUUACAUAUGAAGAUACAGUCCGUUUCUAAGUCUACAAGAGUCAUUACAAUACCAGAUUUUAAAAUUUUAAUAACAUCCUAGAUAAAUCAGAAGAUAUUGAUUUUUGAUUCUGUACCAUUUAAAAAAAAAUAUCACAGUUACCUAAUAUGGAGUCACUUUUAUUUGGAGUUGCCAAAAAAUGCAGGCGAACUACUGCACACUGCCAAAAUUGCACAUAUACAUGGGCAGCAUUUUAGUAGCUAAUGUAUUUGUGCUUUUAAGACAGUGCUCUCUCUGUCUGUCUUUUUCUCACUGCAGCUUAUAGUUAGAAAUAUUACUGAAGAUCUAAACUUAUCUAAUAAUAUCAGACUUUUCAAUGCCACCAAUCGGUAAAAUUAGAAAAGUUUGCUAUUUUCAAAGGUUUUGAAAAGUCCUGACACGCUAAACAUCUGGCCAAAGUUAGAACCUAUUACGAGAUAAACUGAUGACUGAUCAUCAGAUGUGUUGUGAUGUUUAGAAAGAUCAAAAUAAAUACAUGAAAAUGUAACAAUAGAUUUAUGAAUUUAUUAAUUUUUUAAUUAAUUUUCAAAUCAACUUCAAUUAUGAUGUGAAUUUGAGUUGGUAAAAAUAUUGAUGCAUUUGAUCUGGUUGUUUAAAGCUGUAGUUCUUUUAUUCAAAGUGCAGUUGUAUGAGGUACUCUGCGGCCAAUCAGUCUUGCCUCUGUAGUGGGAACCCAUCGGAGUGCUAGCAGGGAAGUCAGGCUAUAAAACGUGGCUAUUGGUGCCAUGUAAUUUAGCUCAUUUGAGAAAAAAAUUACUCUGUCAAAUCUGAUGGAUUGGCCAGACUCCUGGCCUUGUUAUCAGGCAGAUCCAUGCUGCAAAGCUUCACGCUACACUUGUUCCCUGUCAGAGAACCAAUCAGCAUCGUUUGAACAGGUCCAUUUUAGUUGUACUGCAAGCCUGUAAACAAUGGCAACUGACGAAGAGAUGAAUGUGGAUGCAGUUAGAGUAAUGGUUUUCUCAAAACUGGAAAACAUUUCUGUAUUUAAAGAAGAGCAAAGAACUGCGCUGUAGGCUUUUCUAGGUGGAAGAGAUUUUAUGCUUCAGAGCAGUAGGGGCCUGCAAGACAAUCAAAGAGGGUCAUGGGAUGCUUUCCAAUAAACAAAAAGAAAUUUAAAAUGAUUUAUAGCAGUACCGUUUUUCCCAUUACUGUAAAAAAUAUUGUGAUAUGAGUUCAGUUUGAUAUAAAACAGUUAAUAAGUGUGAUAUUUACUUAAAGAUAAGUCAAACGACAAAGCCCCCUAAGAUGUGAAUUUGCACAUAUUGCCUUGUGCAACAUCGUACACUUUAAACACAUCCAGGGAAGCUGGGGGUCCACAGUCUCUAGCACUGUUGUUUUGAUGGUUACGGGCUGAAGAUUUUGGGAACCCCUGCUGCUAGAGAAGAGCCUCAGCAAGCUUUUGAUUUAGCGACUGACUCCACUGAUGGUAAAUAAUGAUAACGGCUGCCUGUUGACUUUCUGUUAUGUGGUUUGUUACCAGGGGCGGCGCAUGCCCACUAAGUCAUACGUUUUGUUGCUGAUUGGCCUGUUAUGAAUGACAGAUAGAACCUUCUUCCAAUCCCUCCCCAAAAACUGUGUAUGGGCUGUUGCAUUUGACAUGUGAUAUAGUCUGUCUGGUCUGUCAAGUAAAAAAAAUUUAACCAUUAAAAGGAAUUGGAACGAAUGCUUUUAGUGAAGAUUCCUAGCUUUACUUUUACUUAAGAAAGCCUCAUUGUUUGGCACUAUUCUGCACUGCAACACAUAGAUGUUCCUCCAUCUGAAGCACACUGAUCUGCUCAUUGAGUCUUUGGCCUUAUGUUUACCCAAGUUACAUGCUGUUUAUGGAUCUGCAGGUUUCUUUUCAAAGGGGCAGAGUUGAAGGCCACAUCUCCUGUGACUGAUUUUACGUACUAUUGACAAGUACCUCAUACUGCUGCUCUGAAAAAAAGAACUAUUACUCUAACAAGAAAAUAGUUUCUAUUGUUUACCUAAAAAUGAGUGAAACAAACUGAAUUCCCAUUCCUAAUGAUCUCAUUAAAGGUCAUACACACUCUCUCUCACACACACAUAGGCAUCAGUUUGAACUGUACAAAGUCUGAGCAACAAAAAUCCUUGUGGUGAAUAUCUGAGAGUUAUUCACCAGGAGAUUCCGCAUAGUGGGAACACACCCUUGACAUAAAGGGGACCAGAGUUUUGCAUUUUUUUCUGUGCAUGGUCUCUCCUACACUUUCAACCCAGACCUCUCUGUGCUGUUAGUUUAAUUUCUUCUGAUUUUAGGUCAAAGAGGAUGUUUGAUUAUUUCUUGGCAAAUUGCUGUGAAACAGCUGCGUGCAAACCAAAAUUGAGGUUACUUUUACACCUUCUGAAUGCUAAAUUACUGGUUCUUUUCUUAAGCACAGUCUCCUUUUCUGUCAGACUAAACUGGACAGCUACAUACCACAACAACGAGUAACAGCAGCUUCAGAAUGUGGUGUUGAUAUUUGUAAAAAAUAUUAAGAGAAAAUCUUUCAAAGCUUACCUUUAACGACAGAAGUUUUAGGCUUUCGGGGGAUAUUUUAGUCUUUAGAGAUUUGAUAGACAUUGUAGCAUCCCCUGUUGAAAGAAUAUUAUGCGUCAUACUAUGAAGUGAACAUGUUGAUACUUUGUAAAUAGCUGUCAUUAUCAUUGUUUAUAUUACAAGUCAAUACUGUGCAGUGUGUAGACUUUGGUUGUAGAGAGAUGGAUCAUUAUUUCAGUGACUAUCAUGAUGAUGAAUACACCCCUGCAUUAAUGCUGGGGGACACAAAUUUAUGUUGAACUUCCUGAUUUCCUUUUUUGUUUAGUUUUAACUAAAUGAAUGUACUUUCAUGUUAGCCUUGGAUAACACAGGGGCUGGGACAUGGAUUCGGACUGUGUUCUUUGAUUUUUAGCCUUAAAUAUAAAACACGACGGGGUCUUGAGUCUUAGCAUUUAUCUUUCUUUUUUUCUUUCUUUCUUUUUUUUUUUACAAAUCUGUUAGAAGAACUACUGAGCAUUUAGACAUUCAGUGUCAAACUCAAAACACAAGUGACAGGCAGAAUCAGCAUUGUCACUAAAAGCACCAGGUGUGAAAGCAAAAGGAGCUCAAAACUGAAGGUUUUCUGUCGCUAGCUCAUUAGAAAUAACUUUUCACUUUAGUUCUGUUGCAGUUUUCACAGUUAUGUUUCCACCACCUUUUUUAUAUAUCAGCACUUAGUCACACUUCAAAUAGGUUCUGGUGGAUUCUUUUACAGCAAAUAAACUAGGGAUGUUAUAAUUCUUAAUCCAUGAUACGAUGUGUAGGUCCGCUCGUUCAUAGCAGAAAUCACCAUUACUGUUAAUUUGAUUGAUAUUAAGAUUAUUGUGUUUACCACUUUGUGUGUCAAUUCAAAUGGUUAAUGAUAAAGUCAGUGGGUUGCCUUUUCAACAAAUUCUGCCAAGUUAUUUUGUCCUUUUCCGACUCCCAAUAACCAGAGUGGUUCCAUAUUACUGAAGCUGUUCAGCCAUCUUUGGCUGACUUUCUCCCAUCUUCUCCCAUCUAAACACUCGACCAGUGGUCGGGGCUCUUCAGCCACAUGUGGCUCUUUUGUGACAACUUGUGUUUCUUUUAAGUCUUAUUUGGAAAAAAAAACUCUCCCCAGAAACCAUGAAAAGGGGAAUUUUUGACCUUAGAAAUGAUCUAUUGCAAGUCACAUGAAUCAGUUUGUUUCCCACACUUAUACAGUUGGCUUUCAUUGUCAAAUUUAACUGUCAGCCUUUAUUAUUUGUAUAUUUCCAUCAGAUGUGCACAAGAAAGAAAUACAAUUUGAAUAUCACUGAUUUGUGGGAAAAGGGACAAAACAGGUUCCAAACUUGAUUUUGUACUAUUGUUUUACUACAAAAAAUGAAGUGGGGAGUUUUCAGGUUGAGGUCUCAACUAAAAGUUGUGCGUCAGAACAGAUUUUUAAUUCCAAGGUUUUUUCCCCCAAAAAUCUGACUCCCCUCCCAUCGUAACUUGAUUGUUGUCAUUUCUGCCAGACACACUUAAAUGUAUCUAUUUUUUCAAGCUGAAUGUCAAGUUUUCAGUUAUCUAACACUGGUAGUCAGUAAUGAUAUUUUAUUAUAAAAUGAAUUACUUUCACUUUUUUUUCCACGUAUCUGAAGUACUUAAACUCAGUUUUUUUAAUUUUCUAAAUUUAUUUUUAAUAUGGCCAUAAUAAACCAAUCUUUUGAAAUAAAUAAGUUAUUUUUUCAUAUAGAUUAGUUUGUAUUUAAAGAAUCAGCAGAAUUAAAGGAACAGAGGAUGAUAUUUUUUGUGAAGUGAACCAUACAAUCAGCUGACAGUUGAUGAGUAUCUAAAGGAGUUUAAGAUUGGGAUGAAAAGUGAUGGCUUGAACUAGCUUAUUAAUCCAAAUAACUUUCUUAAUUGACUAAAGAUAAAGAAAAAUGAUGAAAAUGAAAGAUGUAACCAAGCUCUCUGCAUGUUCUGAUUAAUAUUUGUUAGUAUUUAUUGGAUUCUAACCCCCAGGUGGGGACUGGGACUCUUCCAAAGGUAUGUUUUCAACUGUUUGGCUCUUUGGUUGAGCAGAGUUGAGUAACAUUGCACUAAGUGAUUUUAAAAUCUUAACUAAUAAGGAGAGUUUCAACAUUAUGAUCCUGCAAGUGCACAUGUUAGAUAAUUCAGCCUAGCCACAAGACCCCACUCUGCUAAAGAAGUGUAAGGAGUCCACACACACACCAGAUCUUCAGGUUCAGAAUCAUCUAGAGCUGUGAUACUCUAUCUGUGGCUCCUGAGCUGCAUGUGGCUUUUCUCUGAUUAGCUGUUGUUCUUUUUAGUCUCCUUGAUCAAAAACAAUCCCAAAAAAUCAAAAAGAGACAUUCACAGCAGAAAUUAUUAGUUACUUGUAUCAAUAAAGUAUCAAAAUUUAUCCCCAAUAUCAAAACCUGAAAACAACAACAACAAACUUCAGUUCUUGCAAGGAGGAAGUCAAGCUCAUAACUCGCCACCAAGUCCGUCUCCAUUGUGAAUCACAUCAAACUAAUCUGCAGGGCCCUCUGACUGUCUUUGGGUUAAAAUAAUCUUUAACUCCAGCUGCUGCAGCUGCAGGACAGUUAUCCUCCUCUCAAAGCACCCAUGUGAAGCACUCCUAAACUAUUCUCGAAUACAAAUUGGUUUCUGGAACGAAGCUGCUGUUUUUAGACUGUAGCUCUUGUGAAAGUAUUUUUUGUCACUGUCACACCUGAGUAGGCGAGGUUGAGUACCACUGAUCUGGUGUGUAGCCAUGGCUUCUGAGAUGUUUUACUGGAGGGAAAGAGCACACGCUGUCCUGUAGAGGAAGGGAUGCUGCACUCCCUUUACCACUUAUGAGAAAACCUUUGGACAAAACAAGCACAUGUGGUGCGACACAGUCAUCGUCUGCUCUAGACUAUUUUGUUUUCAUUAUCACAAGAGGCUGAAAUCGUAAUUGAAACUUGAUUAAUCACACAGCCCUGGCAUUUAUAUCAUAAUUUUCUUUUUCAAUUUUCAUUUAAAAAAUUAAACACCCCUUUUCUUCAGCUGCUGAUGUCAAACAAGAGAAUCCAAAAGCAGGUAGCCCUUUCUGCUGGUUAAAAUAGAUUAUGUCAGUGUAUUUUUUGUGUUCGGUUUAAUUUUGCCUUCAUUUAUAUCUGCUUUUAACUUUAAUAUCAUCAGGUACUGUUGCAUCUCUAGAACAAACAUGACCUACACUGUUGAAAACAUUACACUUCCACAGCCUGACAAAACCUUCAGUUGAUGUAGCCACAAACUUUACAACACUUAACAACAAGCUGUGACUGCAGCAGAGCCAGUCAAGAAGCGUGGUGGCCUUACAGAACUGACGGUGGUUACUUCUCACAGAGGCGUGUCCUUUCAAAGCAGUGCAUGUGUUAGUAUCUUCAGUCAGUAGUCUCAGUCAGUCGAUGUAGGUCUGCCUUUUGCUGUUCUCUGUAGCCUUGUGUUGAUGUGCUGUGAUGACACCUCGGGGUAUGUAGAUCUUAGGAGAGUCCCCUUCUUCAGAUAGGCUUGUCACAGUGCUUAUUAGCCUCUAGAAAACACUGGAUAACCUGAGACAACAUGCCACUCCCUCUGUAGUUAGUUUUCUUAUGGGGACCUUUUUCCUCCCACUAUUCUGAGUACUGUCCACUUUUUGUCUGGUUUGCUACUGGCUCCUUCUCUGUUGAUCUGGAUGCUUCAUUUCUGUCUUUAAGGUAACUCAGCAUGUCUUGGUGAAUUGUGAUCACAUCCAGACUUGAGUUUGAGUUGUUACUUUAAAAAGAAUCAUAUCUGCUUUCAAACUGUACAAGGUACAUCAUAAUGACGCCAUGUCUUUAUUCUCAGUCUUCUCAAUCCUUUGGAAACAUUUUGCAUAUGAACCAUCAGUUUGUAAGACAAAUCCUGUCUGCCCUUUCCUGUCAAUUAUAUGCAUUUUUAUGUUUCAUGGAAUUUUUUAAAGUUUUUUUUAUAACUUGUUAUUGGUGUUAAAUCACCUGGCAAUUGUUUCCCUUACAAGUGUCUGAAAUUUAUUUAUUUAUGAUGGAAAAUAUAUUGUUUUUUGUAAUGACAUUUUUUAACCUUUUUGUUCACUUUGACCCAUUGACGGCUGAUCCAGUAAGACUUUCGUACAUGCAGCCUAGAUUGGAGCAGAAUAAGACUGUGUUAUCAAUGUUAUUUUAACAAUAAAACACUCUAC